AUGUCUAUUAGCGAUACGAAAAAGCGCCUGGCGCUGUCCAUUGUAGACUUCUUGUCAACCUCGCUCAAAGAUGGCACCCUCAAAGCAGACGAUGCGGACAACAUUGAGAUUGCCAGCAACUGUAUUGCCGAAGCCUUCAAAGUCGACCCAACUGACAAGGCUGCUGUAUCAGAGGCUGUUGGAUCACAAAAUCUCCUCAGCAUCUUCUCGGUGUACGAGAAACUGAAGGGCAAGCCUUCAACUUCAGAGGCCAGCGCUCCCGCUCCGUCGAAAGCCUCCGAUACCCCUUCUAUCAACCCAGAAGCAGAGAAACUCAAAAGUGCAGGAAAUGCUGCUAUGCAACAAAAGGACUACAAGACUGCCAUUGAGAAGUACACUGAAGCGAUCAAAUACGCCCCCACCAACCCAAUCUACCUGUCCAACCGUGCCGCAGCAUACUCGGCGAGCGGUGACCAUGCUUCGGCGGUCAAGGAUGCCGAACUGGCUGUCGCGUCCGACCCCAAGUACACAAAGGCGUGGUCGAGACUGGGACUUGCAAGAUUCGCCAUGGGCGACGCCAACGGGAGCGUGGAGGCAUACCAACAGGGUAUUGACUUUGAGGGCAAUGGUGGCAGUGAGGCUAUGAGGAAGGGUCUGGAGACGGCAAAGAAAGAGCUUGCUCGAAUGGAGGCCGAAGAAGAGAAUCUCCCUGAGGACGAGGUUGAUGACGCUCCUGGAAAUACCCGCGGUGGCGGGAUGCCUGAUCUGUCCGGUUUGGCGAGCAUGCUUGGUGGUGGCGGCGGCGGCGGAGGCGCAGGAGGUGGUGGCUUCGACCUCGGAAGCAUCAUGAGCAACCCGAUGUUUGCCUCCAUGGCACAGAACCUCAUGCGCAACCCUGAAGCAUUGGGUGGAAUUAUGAACAAUCCAACCAUCCAGAACAUGAUGAACAGCCGAAGAGAAGGUGGCGGAGGAGGUGGUAUGCCCGACAUGAGUCAAAUCCAGCAAAUGAUGCAAGAUCCUGCCAUUGCAGGCCUGGCACAACAAUUCAUGGGUGGAGGUGGUGGUGCUGGUCGAGGAGCCGGAGCUGGUCGAGGUUCAGGACAGUAA